AUGUUACUUGUGCUCAGACAUUGCAUUCCUAAGUACUUUACUGUAGAACUUCUUAACCAUUUUAUUGAACUUUUUUAUUAUGGUGAUUGUGAUAGUAGCAAAAUUCCAUCAAUUUCUCUUGAUUUUGCUUCAAGAGAUAAACUGAAAAUGUCUGGUCCGGAAACUUUAAUGUUUGUACGAAUGUUUGGUCUUUUAGUCAGUGACAGAGUCCCUCAUGAUGAUCCGUUUUGGAUUUUUUUAAAUCUAAAACUAAGUCAACUUCUAGACAAGUGCCUCUCUAAAUCAAUAUCCCCUCGUAUGUCAGUGUCACUCAGAAUCCUUGUUGAAGAAUUCAAUGAAAUAUAUGUCUGUGUCCCAAAUGAUACUCUAAAGCCUAAAUUUCAUUUUCAAGUUCAUUAUUCAACAAUUAUUGAUGAGAGUGGGCCUGUUGCUCUCACUAGUACUAAGCGCUUUGAAAGUAAACACCGCUCCCUUCUCAUGCGUGCUCAUGAUACACAAUCACGUAUGCAGAUAUGUGUAACUGUUGCUAUCCAUCAUCAACUUCAAAUGUGUUUCCGUUGUAAGUCCAGAUCUAGAAUUAUUCCUAAACCUGAGUUUGGUCCUCUUCAUGAAGUUUCAUGGGCCAAUUUUAGUAAUCCUGAGUGUCUUAAGAGUGUAUUGGCUACACCCAUGUCAUCAUGUAUGUCUGCUAAUUGGGUAAAACUAAAAGGCACAAAGUACAAACUUCGAAUGGUUCUCACGCUUCAAAUUGAUAAUUCAGAAAAUCCUGUAUUUGGCCAUAUCGAGGCAAUAAUCCUUGAAAGUAAUAAUUCAUUUGUUCUAGUAUUUUCUCAUCUUAUGAACUUAGGGUUUGAUUCCCAUGUUCAUGGAUAUGAAGUGGAAUCGUCUGAUUCUUGGUCAAAAGUUUAUGUAAUGAAUUUAUUUGACCCUCUUCCACAUAAUAUUAAUUUAUCCGCCUCCGAAAGUAAAAAGUUUGUUGUUCUACAUUGUGAGUUGUCAGCUCAUAAUCUCAAUUUUAAACUGAUUUCUGUAUCUGUGAUUUAA